CAUAAAUAUGGGAUGCCAUUCGCCAUUCAAAUUAAAAGAGAAGAAAUCAAUGACGUUCGAAAUCUUUGGAAGAAGGCAAAUCAGUGGAAAUGUCUACCCGGAGACGUUGUUUUUAGUAUGUCAAAAGUGGGUGCUGAGAAAGACACAACGUAAAUAGAGAAUGUCGGAACCCUUGGACGCUUGCAGUUUAUUCUCUUCCCUUUCGAAACUCGAGCUAAUGGAUCAGGAAGUGAUUGACGAUAAGGAAUUCGACAUUCCCCAAGUAUGCACACCUCCCACCUUGGAGAGCAUCCUCAGUGAGCUGGAUGAUGAGGAUGAACCAUUUGUGCUUGAGGAUGCCUGUGUGCUGAAUACUGAAAAUAUUGAUGCUCAUUCCUGUGAUACUGCUUCUCUUGCCAGCUCUGACAGCGGAGACCCAACUCACUUUAAACGGAAGAAGAGGCCAGUGGAAUUGAAAGCAACAGUUCAAGGAUCAGUUCUACAGAACAGCAGGCUUCAGGGCAUCUCUGCACAGAUCAUCUCAGCUGCUGACAAAGUUGAUGCUGGAUUACCAACUGCCAUAACAGUUGCAGGUGUGAUUGUUGUGGGAACAUCUCAUGGUCUGGCUCUGGUUUUUGAUAACAACCAAGCCUUAAGGUUGUGUUUUGGAACAAAAACAACUGGCGAAGAGUUUGGCGCAAUCUCUGCCCUCAGCAUCAACAAUGACUCCUCGAGACUUCUCUGUGGGUUCGCAAAAGGACAGAUGACCAUGUGGGAUCUUGCCAAUGGGAAACUUCUGAGAACAAUCUCUGACGCACAUCCUCCAGGAGCAGCAAUUCUGCAUGUGAAGUUCACAGACGACCCAACUCUUGCCGUGUGCAGCGAUAGUGGUGGUUCCGUUUUUGAGCUGGCUUUCAGAAGAGUAAUGGGCAUGCGUUCUUGUGACUCAAGAUGUCUCUUCAGUGGUUCCAAAGGGGAAGUCUGCUGUAUUGAACCAUUGCGUGCAUCUCCAGACUUCAGCGACCACCCAAUAACACAUUAUUCUCUAUUGGCUUUCGGUUCCCUCACAAAGAUUUUGGUGAUUGGUCUAAAGCCCUCCCUCAAAGUUUGGAUGACUUUUCCCUACAGCAAGUCUGAUCCAUCCAGUGUACCACAGCUGGCAUGGCAGUUUGUCUCUGAGAAAUCGGCUGUCAACCCAUUCCUGGCUUUUUGCAAAGGAGAUACAGUUCACUUACUCAUGAUAAAAAAAGAGAUGGGUGCCAUUCAUGUCAUCAAACAGAGACAUAUUCAUCUCAGCUGUGACAUUAUCAGCUUGAAUUGGAUUAAUGAUUCUACACUAGUCCUGGUCGACAGCCAUGAGAAGCUACUGGUUGUAGACCAUCCCAGUCAGGAAAUUUUAGAAGUUCUGGACCUGGAGCAGGUGCAAUUGGUCUACAACACCCGCCAUUUCAAAUCACUGGCCACAGGCGGGAAUGUCUCCCAGGCUUUGGCUUUUGUUGGAGAAAAAGCAUGCUAUCAAUCCAUUUCAAGGUAUGGAGGACAUAUCGUCUGUUUGGGCACCAAGUCAGCUCAUUCUGUGACUCUCAGAACUUGGCGAGAGCGCAUUGACUUGAUGUUGAAGCAGGACCAUUUUGUUGAAGCUCUCUCCCUGGCUUGGUCAUUCCAUGAGGGAACAGCUAAGGCUGUGGUUGGUCUUUGUGGUGAGCCGUUGAAAAGAAAGGGAAUUGUUGGUGACAAGAUGGUAGAGAUCCUCUUCCAGUUUGCUGAUCAUACUUUUAAGAUGUGCCCAGAACAAGGGAGAAUCCAAGUGAUGGAGCAGCAUUUUCACGAUGUGAUUCCUAUCUUGAUAGAUUUCUGCCUGCUGCUACAAAGGCCUGAUCUCCUGUUUGACCAGCUUUAUGCUCAGCUCGCGGAGAAUCUGGUGGCUAAAGGUGUUUUCCUGGAAUUACUUGAGUCAUAUAUUGCUACUAACCAUCUUGGUCACCUCCCCACAACCGUCUUGAAGGAUCUCUUGGCUCAUUACAACAGCAAAGGCUUGAUGGACAACCUGGAGAGAUGUAUUGUCCAUCUGGAUGUCACAAGCCUAGAUAUACAGCAGGUGGUUCAAGUCUGUUGGGAAAACCAACUAUAUGAUGCAAUGAUCUAUGUUUAUAACAGCGGAAUGAAUGACUACAUCACGCCAAUGGAGAAACUUUUUUCUGUAAUUGGUCCACCACUUCGAGAAGGAAAGAGCUUAACAACUGAAGAAGUGGUGAUGGGAAACAAACUUUUAGUGUAUAUCAGUUGUUGUCUUGCUGGAAGGGCCUAUCCCCUUGGAAACAUUCCUGAGGACCUUGUCGUUCAGAUCAAGAUUCAGGUGUUUGAGUACCUGAUUCUACUCCAUAAUGGGGAAUCCUCAUCAGAUGCUUAUCCUCUUAUUCAAAUACUCCUUCACUUUGAUACCCGAGAAUUCCUAAAUGUUCUUUCGAUGACAUUUGAAGACUUGAAUGACAAACAAGCCAUAGAAUACCAGCAGAGGAUAGUGGACAUUUUACUUCAGGUGAUGGUGGACAACACAGACUUUACACCAUGCCAAGUGGGUGGCCUUUUCACGUUUUUGGCUCGGCAGCUGUCCAAACCAGACAACACACUUUUUGUAAACAGAAAAUUAUUUGACCAGGUCUUGGAGUUCCUCUGCAGAUCUGGUGAUGCCUCUCGACAUACUGAACGACAGCAGGUUCUGCUGCAACUGCUCCAAGUUGGGGGUGUGGUGCAGUUUGAUGAAGAAAAGCUUUUGACUUUGGCACAAAGAGCCAAGUUCUACCAAAUUUUGGAAUUUCUUUAUGAGAAGAAACAUAUGUAUGACAAGACCAUCGACUGCUACCUAAAAGACCCUCUGAGAAAGGAGGAGAUCUUCAGCUAUAUCCACCAACUGAUGUCUGUGGCAAGCCGCAGUUCUGAAGAGAAACAGGGAAUCAAGAACAAAACACUAGAGCACAUACAGGAACUGAUCAUCCUUGAUCAAAGGAAAUCUGCUGACCUGGUUCUGUGUCAUCUUAUUGAAGAAGUGGAUCAAAUUGUUUGUAAACUUCAGGAUGGCGUCCCGCUUUUACAGUUUUUGAGCUCAUUCUUGGAAAUAUGGGAACAUCAAUAUCCAGGAAUGAUCCUUCCAACGGAACAUAAGCUUCAAAAGCAUCUACUGGACUUGUUGUGCCGUUUUGCCCCCCAAGAGCUCUUGAAUUUCCUUCAAACAUCAGAGCAGUAUAGAUUGGAGGAUGCCAUGCAAAUCACUGAAAAGUACCACCACAGUUACGCUACAGGUUAUCUACUCGAGAAGAAGGGAGACUUUUAUGGAGCAUUUACAGUUUUGUUGGAGGCAGUAAAAGCCGAGAUUUCUCAACUAACUGCAGACCCAACCAGUGCGCAGAGUGAAGAUGAGAAAGAAAAUGAGUCGGCUCUAUUGAGAAGAGUAGAACAUUCACUGAACAACCUUGUUGCCUUGGGUCACCGCAAUGCUCAGAAAAUCCAACAGUCACAAAUCAAGGAGCUGUGGAUCUCAUUAUUGGGGACACUGAUGACACCCCAGAAACAAGUCUUAAAGGACCUGACAGUGAACGUUCUCAACAGUAUGAGCACCUUGGUUUCACUGCCUGCUAUCAUCCAGCAGAUACUGAAGAACCCCAUUUAUGAGACAGGAAAAUUUGCAGAGAUCCAAGUCCUUAUUCUUGGGAUGCUCGACACUUUCCGCUAUGAACAGACUUUAUUUGAAACAACUACAAGUCUACUAAAUCAUGACCUCCACUGGUCCCUGUCUCAUUUGCGGACUGCUGUGAGAAGGGGGCUCCAUCCAAGGCAAGACUCUUGCAACAUUUGCCUACAACAGUACAAGAGGUGGCAGGACUCAGCUGAGCAGAUUGUUCUAUUUAGCUGUGGCCACCUAUACCACGUCCAAUGCCUGCAGCAGACUGUGGACUGUGGGUUGCCAUGUACUUCAGAGCAGCAGCAGCAGUGGAGUUGCUACAAGUGUUCUACCACUCACAGAGAAAGAGGUCCGCAGUACACCAUGCCAAAGAGUCACUGCACAUCCCUUGCACAGGCUCGAAUUUUAUCCAUGCAUUGUGAUGAAGCUCGUUGGAAGAAGGAAGGAAGACUGGACAUUCAACAAGAACAGUCCUGGGAUCAGCUGCAUUGUUUGUACAAAGGACCAUCGAGAUUGUCCAUCCUGGCAGAGCUCUCUCACCACCACCACAAUAAGAGAACAGGGAUUAUUUUUCAAGGUCAUCCAGCACAAGAGGGUUUCAGUCUUAAGCUAUCUCCUCCACCUGUUUUGGAAGAAUAGUACUGUGUAGAGUUUUAGUUCUUCUUGAGGAGCACGUUGCAGUUCUUUUCUUUUCAUCUUAAACGGGAUAAGUUGUAUGGAAGAUUCAGAGUGAUUGGAUGAUUGAUUGUUUAGUAUUGCUUUUAGUUUUCCUGCCCCAAUAUUAUCAGUAUUACUUGGAUCAGAAUAACUUUGUAACCCGUGAGACUUUUGAUCUGUUGGAAAAUGGUACACAAUAAAUCUUAAUUUCUUCAGCUGUGUGAUAUACAGAAAUAAACUGAGUUCCAAAUUAUUUGACAAAUGCUUUUUUCUUUCAUUUUCCUAAAUAGUUGUGAACAGUAAACAAUUGCAGUUUUUCUCAGUCAUUUUGAUGUAUUGCUCAGGUCAGAAUUUUAAUUUUCAAACUUCUUCAAUCUUCAGUCAAUUUGCAGUUUUUCUUGAAACGAGUUGCAAAUGUACAUCAUAUAGAUGAGUAUGUAUAAUUGUCUGCCGUUUCCAACUUGAUCAAUUGUUUAUUGUUGAUCAAAAUGGUUUAUCGUAUAGUAUAAAACACUAGUUCAUCACCAAAGUCUUUGUUCAAAAUGGAUUGAAAAAUUCUGAUAAUUUGUCAAGCCCUACUGUAUUUCUAUACAUUUUCCAUCAAUGUUUUUCCCCCAGGUCAUUCUUGACUUUCUCUAACAAAGGAGAACUGUGUGGCACAUUUGAUCAACCAGUUUUCCAAAAUAGCUGAAGGUGCAAUUCAUGAACCAUUAACUGGUAAGCACUGUUGCUAGAGCACAACGCAAUGUUAGUGUCUGACAAUGAAAGGACAAGUAACUGGACAGGCUCAGCAACCACACAAAAAGCAAGAGAAAAACGAGGUAUGCAAGGUGGCGAGGAAGUUGGGAGUCAAAACAAAAGAUGAAGCAGAAGAGGAUGAGGACAAAUGUAUAUUCCUGAAAAGAUAUUGUAAGAGUGCCACAUGUAGACCACAUUCUCAAUCAUGGGCUUAGGUGUUUUUUUCCAUACUUUUUUCUACUUUUUCUCCUUUGUGCAAUGUAAACUGUGCUGUUUUUUUUUAAAUCUUUUCUGUAUCACAAUAACCUGAGGUCUGUCAACAAAUUGCAGUGGAAAUUGAAAAACUGUCAUUAUCCAGUCUCUUGCAAUCAAUCCUCCACAUAACACUUAACACGUGUAAUUUACAAUCUAAAAUAGUUACCAAAAUGUUAGCUACAUUUUUCAUCUGUACCUCCCUGUAGAGUAUAUUUGUGUUACUUUGACAACAUGACUAAGCAUUUUAUAGUUGAAACCAGUGGUUUACAUACACUGCACAAAAGGGUUUUUUUUUUCCUCACUUUCUGAAGUCAAAUCUGACAAAACCCUCAGGCUGAAAUUUGAAAUUGAGGGUGUUAUGUAUAAUAUGAUUAGUGGCUAUGCCCCACAGGUAGGAUGUGACCAAGAGUCGAAAGAGAAAUUCUGGAAGGAAGUAGAUGAAGUAGUUCUGAGCAUCACAGACAGAGAGUUGUGAUUAGUGCUGAUUGUAAUGGACAUUUUGGUGAAGGAAAUGAGGGCGAUGAAGAAGUGAUGGUUAAGUACGGCAUCCAGGAAAGGAACUUUGAGGGACAGAUGGUGGUGAACUUUGCAGAAAGGAUGGAAAUGGCAGUAGUGAACACUUUUUUUCCAAAAGAAGCACAAACAUAAAGUGACCUACAAGAGCGGAGGUAGAAGCACGCAGGUGGAUUAUAUUCUGUGGAGAUGAUGUAAUCUGAAGGAGUUUACUGAUUGUAAAGUAGUGGUAGGAGGGAGUGUAGCUCGACAACACAGGAUGGUGGUGUGUACAACGACACUGGUGGUGGGUAGGAAAAUUAAGAAGACAAAGGUAGAGCAGACAACCAGGUGGUGGAAGCUGAGAAAGGAAGAAUGCUGUGUGGCCUUCCGGAAAGUGGUGAGACAGGCUCUCGAUGGACAGGAGGAGCUCCUGGAAGACUGGACUACUAUACCCAAGGUGAUCAGAGAGACAGGCAGGAGAGUACGUGGUGUGUCUUCUGGUAGUAAAAGGGAGACGGAGACCUGGUUGUGGAACCCCAAAAUACAGGAAGUCAUACAAGGAAAGAGAUUAGUAAAGAAGAAUUGGGACACUGAGGACUGAGGAGAGGCGAAAGGAAAACCUUGAGAUUCGACAUAGGGCAAAGGUAGAGGUGGCGAAUGCUAAAUGUACACCAGGUUGGAAACAAAAGAAGGAGAAAAGGAUCUCUACAGGUUGGCCAGACAGAGGGAUAGAGAUGAGAAGGAUGUGCAGCAGGUAAGGGAGAUUAAGGAUAGAGAUGGAAAUGUAUUGACUGGUGACAGUAGUGUGCUUGGUCCUUCAUAAUUGCCUCUUCUACUCUUCCUUCUCUCUCAUUUUCUUUCAUCCAUCAACUUCUCAAAGUAUUCUUUCCAUCUAUUGAGCACAGUGAUGGAUACCCAUCACUUCUUGAUCGCCCCUCUUUCCUUCACUAAUAUGUCCAUUACAAUCUGCACCAAUCACAACUCUUUAUGUCUGGGAUGCUCAGUACUACUAUUUUACUACUACAAUUUAACUAUUGUACUUUCAUUAUUUGCUUAAAUAUGACCUUAUACAUUUAAUCAACAGAUAAAAUGUUGUCCAUUUGCUAAUCAGACAAGGAUGUGUUGUGGAGUGUGGUGGCUGUCCUUGAUCUUUGUACACAGAGAAUCGGCUGGUGGUAUCCUCCUUUCCCAGGCGUUGGUGUGGAGACGAAUUACACCAGAUUAAGGAGCGGAAAAAUCCCAUCCCAGCCCAGGACCAGAUUGCUGGGGCGGGGCAGCCACUUUUACCAUGGACCCAUACAUAUAAAAACCUUGUUACCGGGCAGCUCUUGUCUUCUUGGGCUUUCCCUACCAUAGGUCCGAUGACAAUUGCUGUUUGGCUCCAGCACUUCUGCAACCCUUGUGAGAAUAAGCAGCUCAGAAAAUGCAUCGAUAGAUGGACUAUUCAGUCAAAUGUUUCUUUUUUGAUGAAUCAUACAAAAAAGGCAUUUUGUCCAUGUCUUUCAUUAAAAAUAAAAGGUUAUUCCACGUUGGUUGUGCAGAAAACUGCACAAAAAUUUUCCUUUUUGAACAUCCCAGAGUGCUUAAAAAUAUAUUAGAAUUGGGACCCUGGAGGGACUAAAUGUUGUAGUCCAAUAGCUUUACAACAGGCCAUGGACCAACCACACACACAAAAAAAAAAAAUGCAAAUAUAUGACAAAAUACCUCCAAAAACUACAGUUUUUGUCAUUCUCUGUAAAUACACUCUCCUCACAACUGCUACAUCGGAUUUUCAGCCACGCCUGUAAGUUGGGCAACCUCUCCUGUUACUGCAUUGCUGCGUGGGUCUGCUGCUGUUGUGCUGCUAUCUUUGCUUUUGCUCUCCCUCUAGUGACACUGAGGGGUGUUAAUUCAGCUUCUUGGAAAGUGUCUCCCUGUCCUGCUUCUCCCAUUCAAGUCAGCAGCCAUUUCAAGCAAUUUGUACACCAUUCCUAGCAUUUUUACCAAACCAUUAUUUGAUUAGGCCAGUCGUUCUUGUAGCCACACCAUUUGCUUGAUGGGUGUAAUGAGGUGAUUAAACCUAACUGCUUUUGACACGA